AUGAACAUUUCAACACUCGUGCUGGUGUUCGCCGUAGUCGUCAGCAUUUCAUCCACCUUCGUCAGUCCCCUCAUCGCGGUGUUUGCCGGUGCGACAUCGAAGUUUGCUGAAACCGAUUUGGAGAGCUGCACUGCCUUCUUGACUGAGAGUCUUCCCGAAGGACUGGUCUACCCGUCCUCUGCACCUAGUUUCAUUUCUACCGCCUUCGCGUGGGAUAUGCUGCUCUACAAUGCUCAGGAAAACGUCUCAAUCGCAUCAUUCUAUUGGUCGAUGCUGCGUGAAGACGUUUAUAACUCCUCCUCUGCCUACCAGGGUGAAAAUAUAUUCCAAAAGUUACUGACAAAGAGUGGAAACAUCAACGUCAAUAUUGUCACGAGUGGUCCACGAGGCUCCGACAAUGAUUUGGACAGACUAAUUGCAGCAGGAGCAAAAGUAGAGUAUUUGGAUGUUGCUAAAAUGCUCUCAGCAGGCGUUCAGCACGCCAAACUCUGGGCAGUCGACAAUUCGCACGGCUACCUUGGCAGUGCCAAUAUGGAUUGGAGGUCGUUAACACAGGUGAAGGAGAUUGGCGUACUAUUAAGAUUUUGUCGAACCCUUGCGACAGAUUUGGCCAAAAUAAUUGGUGCCUUUGACUACGUUGCACGAUCAGACAUUGACUUUCCGAUUAACUGGAGUCCAGAGUACACAACCAUCUACAACCGAUCAAAUCCCAUGCGCCUAAUGAUGAAUGGAAUACCUGCAGAAGUCUAUAUUUCGAUGUCACCUCCACCUCUCAGCCCGACAGGACGUGAGGACGACUUGGAAACCAUCCUUCAUGUGAUCGAUUCUGCGAGUUCCUUCAUCUACGUUUCUGUCAUGGCCUUCCAACCACUCAUCCAAUCGUACACGGGCAAACCACAUAAGUACUGGCCUGCGUUGGUUAAUGCACUAGUGAAGGCUUCCAUGGAGAAUAAUGUGGAGGUGCGCAUCCUCAUAAGUGAAUGGGACCACACCCCACCUAAACAGCGUCAAUACAUGGAGUCCCUUCGCGCCUUGAAUGGAGCCAACGGCGCCAGAAUUAGAAUCCGAUUCUUUGUAGUGCCUUCGUUGACAUCGGAGCAGAAAUCCAUUCCGUUUGCGCGAGUGAAUCACAGCAAGUAUAUGGUGACUGAUAAGACCCUCUACAUUGGAACGUCAAAUUGGUCAGGAGAUUACUUCAAAUUUAGCGGAGGCGCAGGCCUGGUCAUCAAUGGUGAAGGUGAUGCAGUGGGCCCAAAUAAAGAGAAGCCACUGCGCCGGCAGUUGGAGGAAGCCUUCCUUCGCGAUUGGAAUUCUAUGUUCACUGACGACUUGUAA